CGGGUCCCUCAGGAGUCAGAAGCCACCAUGCUGAGGGUGGCGUGGAGGGCGCUGAGUUCGAUUCGUACCCAGGCAGUGACCCAGGCCCCAGUCCUCGGGCUGCCGGGCGGAGGGUGCGCCCAGCUUCUCUCCAUCUACCGGGACCUUCCCUCAUGUCCUGGAGGUCUCAUCCUCCGGGCCGCCCGCGGAUAUGCCACCCAGAAACCAGUCCAGCCCAGCCAUGAAGAUGACCCGCCCCCUUCUCUGCUGCUCAGGGACUACCAGGACAUCCCUGGAAUUGAGAAGGAUGAUGAUGUCAUAAAAAAACUCUUAUCUUUGGAAAUGGCCAACCAGAAAGAGAAGCUAAAAAUCAAGAAAGAGCAGUUGAUGAGCAAGGUCGUGGAAAAGCCUAAGGACACCAGCUCCCUGGAGGCUCAAAUUGUUGCCUUGACUGUCAAGAUCCGCAAGCGCUAUCUGCUGAUGAGCAUUGACCAGGGGAAAAAGAUGCUCAAAAACCUCUGCAAGACCAACUAUGCUGUCUUUGAGAAGACAUGCAGGGAGCUGGGAAUUGAGUACACCUUUCCCCCUCUGUACUACCGAAAAACCCACCGCUGCUGGGUGACCAAGAAGGCUCUGUGCAUUCGGGUUUUCCAAGAGGCUCAAAAGCUGGAGAAGCAAAACAGGGCCUUAAAAGCUGCAGCUGCAGCAGCCCGGAAACAAGGCCAGAAGAACCCAGAGAGCCCUUCCAAAACUGGACCAGAGGCAAUCAAAGAAAACCAAUAA